AUGCGAACUCGGUUGGCUUCGCUGAUCGUCGUGAAACAGGAACCAUUGCCAUCGUCGCCAUCGCCCGCCCUGCCACCGUCCGCGCACCACCUGCCCGGCCUCUCUUCCUCGUCAUCGUCCUCCUCCUCGGGCUCGUCCACGUCGUCCUCUCCGCCGGCCAGCCUUUUCCGCGCGUCGCUCGUGGUCGCCGAUGGCGAUGGGCCGCCGCUGCCGCCCUGUCAUUACGCCCGCUUCGGUCCGAUUUCCGGCCCCGCGAACGUAAAUCCGCCCGCCGAACGGCGUCGUGACCAACACCACCACCAAAAUCACCAACAUGGCGGACCGGGGGGCGCCCCGUACUUUGGUGAGCGCAGUCACGGUGGCGAGGGCUACAAUGGCGAUCUGAACAACAACAAUGAGCCGCUCGGCGAGGAGUUUGACUUUUAUGACGAGAAAAAGUGUGCUCCCCAUUUGCUAUCGCGACUGGCCACCUCAUCAGCGGUACCGGCGGUCCCAGCGGACCUCCCGGCAGCACCGACCGUGACGUGCCCGACGACCGACGCCCGGAGUCCCGCUUCCGGUGCCGGUGACCGACAGGCGGACGACAGUCUGCGCAGCAAAGCAACAGCCGAGGACGGUACCAGCGGCAGCAGCUCAGCGACCAGCAUGUUACUGCUGCAGCCUCAGGCGUCAUCUUUUAGUUCCGUUUCUUCAUUUGAUUAUUUACUGUCGCAAUCGCAGAGCCAUCAGCAGGAGCAGCAGUCCUACCCGUCGCAUCUACCGCAUCAGCAGCAACAGCCGCCACAGCCGCAUCAUCAUCAUCAUCCGCAUCAGCAGCAGCAGCAGCAUCAUCCGCAGCCGCUAGGACAUCAUCACCCGUCGGAGGCGUCCGGGCUCGACAAGUUCGUGGAACUGUUCAGCUCGACGACGCAACCGCACACGCCUUCGGAGUCGUACCUGGCCGACCAGACGCAGCACUCGAACAGCUCCAGCGAUACGCUCGUCGGGCUCGAGGACAAUCCGUCCGUCGGGGGCGCAUUCGGCGGCUCCAGCGACAGCAUCCCGUCGGCCCUGCUGAAGGCAACCUACAAGCAGGAGGACCUCGUACCGAGUCCUUUCAGCGCUGGGGGCCCUUCGUCCCGGGCCGCAACCACCGAGCCACCCGAGCCGGACCUACUGUUCGAGUCCUCGUCGACCGAGGAGCUCGGUCUGCUGACGCUCCGCUCCAGCAGCGAUCCGGUGCUGGCGAGCAGCGCUCGCAUUCCAGCAGCCCUGGUCCAGCAGCAACAGCAACAACAGCAGCAACUUCCCGCGCUCCAGCAGCGCCCCUCUACCUCCGGUGUUGCGGGCCCCGCCGCCGGGCUGCCCAGCUUCCAGGAGACGUACCCGAUCAAGUACAAUCAGCUGGCCAACUUUGGGCUGAAGAUGGACGACGACUGCUUCAAGAUGGCCGUGGCGUCCCCGCACCACCACCAGGCCGUGACGGCAGCGUACGCCCACCACGGGGCGAUGUACGGCCACGGCCACGGCCACCAUCACCAUCACCACCACCACCACGCGUCGGGAGUUCCGGCAACCGGGACGCUCCAUCAGGGUCACUACGGCGAGUUUGGUGCUGCCGGCGGACAGGCGGUCGGUGGGGGUAUCACCCAGUACAACAACCCGACGGGUGGGCCACCCUCUGCCGGCUUCUACUCGCCCUCGUCGUACGAUCAAUCAGCUCAGGGCUACGGAACACCGCAGGACACCAGCUACUCGCUGCCGCCCUUCCCGACCGUGGUCGAGCUGCACGUCAGCACGACGACGGCUGGGGCCGCCGUCGCGACCGCCACCGCCACCACCACCUGCCACCGGCGCUCGUCGCUGCCGAUCCAGCGCUCGGAGUCGACGUCCAGCAGCGAGAGCCCGAAGCCGCCCCGGAUCGCCCUCUACCACAAGUACUCCGCCCUGCCGAGUGCCUCCAGCUCGGCGUCCAGUUCACCGGGCUACAUGAACAACAACAAUCCCAAUACGAUCAACAACAACGAGGUUGCUGCGGCCGCCGCCGCUGCAGCCGCCGCUGCUGCGGCAGCCGCAGCCGCCGUCGCUCCAACGCCGUCGCCAUCGGUCGGAGGGGCGGCGAGUGGGGCGAUACCGGCGCGGGUGACACCGGCGACCCAGAGCACCUCGCAGCUGUGUGCAGUGUGCGGGGAUACGGCCGCCUGCCAGCACUACGGAGUGCGGACGUGCGAGGGCUGCAAGGGCUUCUUCAAGCGCACCGUCCAGAAGGGCUCCAAGUACGUGUGUCUGGCGGACAAGGCGUGUCCGGUCGACAAGCGACGCCGAAACCGGUGCCAGUUCUGCCGCUUCCAGAAGUGUCUGGCCGUCGGCAUGGUGAAGGAGGUCGUCCGUACCGAUUCGCUCAAGGGACGCCGGGGGCGACUACCGUCGAAGCCGAAGUCCCCGCAGGAAUCGCCACCGAGCCCACCGGUCUCGAUGAUCACGGCGCUGGUGAGGGCCCACGUCGACACGACGCCCGACCUGGCCAGCCUCGACUACGGCCAGUACCGGGAGCCGGGCCAGAGCGAGCCGACCUUCUCCGAGGCGGAGAAGGUGCAGCAGUUCUACAACCUGCUUACCACCUCGGUCGACGUGAUCCGCCACUUCGCCGACAAGCUGCCCGGCUACAACGAUCUCAGCGCCGAGGACCAGGAGCUCCUGUUCCAGUCGGCCUCGCUCGAGCUGUUCGUCCUGCGGCUGUCGUACCGGGCGCGGAGCGACGACACCAAGAUGACGUUCUGCAACGGCGUCGUCCUGCACCGCCACCAGUGCCAGCGCUCGUUCGGUGACUGGCUGAACGCGAUCCUCGAGUUCAGCAAGAGCCUGCACGCGAUGCAGAUCGACAUCUCCGCCUUUGCCUGCCUCUGUGCGCUCACGCUCGUCACAGAACGGCACGGACUGCGGGAACCGAAGAAGGUGGAGCAGCUGCAGAUGAAGAUCAUCAGCAGUCUGCGCGAUCACGUCACGUACAACUCGGAGGCCCAACGGAAGCCGCACUACUUCAGCCGUCUGCUGGGCAAGCUGCCGGAACUGCGAUCGCUCAGCGUGCAGGGACUGCAAAGGAUAUUCUACCUGAAGCUAGAGGAUCUCGUGCCCGCACCACCCUUGAUCGAGAACAUGUUUCUGGCCAGCUUACCCUUCUAA